AUGCUUGUUUACAGGGAAAGGCAUUGUCCGGAGAAGCAUGAAUUGUUGAAGUGCAGAAUUCCGGCGCCGUAUGGAUAUAGAACACCGUUCCGAUGGCCGGAGAGUCGAGAUGUUGUUUGGUUUGCUAAUGUACCGCACAAACAUCUGACGGUCGAGAAAGCCGGCCAGAACUGGGUCAAAUUUCAAGGGGACCGGUUCAGUUUCCCCGGCGGUGGAACUAUGUUUCCACGUGGCGCCGAUGCGUACAUUGAUGACAUCGGAAAAUUAAUCAACCUUAAAGACGGCUCUGUGAGGACGGCCAUUGAUACUGGCUGCGGG